AUGCUUGUUGGGUCUGUUGACGAAGUACCGAUUUCCGAAACCCCUUGUUUGGAUGAUUCAAAAGUUGCUCAUUACACAGAAGAGACUAUAAAACUACCGCCUGGCCUCGUUAAUCUUGGCAACACUUGUUAUAUGAAUGCAGCUGUGCACUUGCUUUUCUCGAUCCCGGAAUUGCGUUUAGCUUUGCAGAAAUGCCGUUUUCCCCAAACUUCACUGAAUUUGCCGAAUCUUGAUUCCCUAUGCGAAAGCUUGAAGUUUUUAUUCAAUUCCCUAAGCAAAACUGAAAAACCGGUUACUCCUCUGCUCUUCUUGACUUGUUUGCACAGUGUUUGUCCGCAGUUCGCCUCACGUGCAUCGUCUUCUGAUGCAAGUAAAUUCGCUCCAGGUGCUCUAUCUAUGAUUACUCAUGGCUUCGAACAACAAGAUGCUAGUGAAUGUUGGACAGAGCUAAUCAGAGCAUUACAAAGUAGCAAGAUUGAUUCUCAAGUUUAUGCGUCAACAGUGAAUUUUUUUGAUUGA